GCCCCUCCCCGCGGCGCCUCAAGCUGAACCGUAGCCCUGACAUUUCCAGCUCCUCGAACCUUCAUUUUCCUCUCUCCGGAUAUCCAGGUUCAGAAGACUGAAAGAUUUGAAAAAUGAAUGAGGAAUACGACGUUAUCGUCCUGGGCACCGGGCUGACGGAAUGCAUCUUAUCAGGCAUCAUGUCUGUGAAGGGUCUGAAGGUUCUGCACAUGGACCGCAACUCGUACUAUGGUGGUGAAAGUGCUUCCAUCACGCCUCUUGAAGAUCUCUACAAGCGCUUCAAUAUUCCUGGUAGUCCUCCAGAAUCUAUGGGAAAAGGCAGAGAUUGGAAUGUGGACCUUAUCCCAAAGUUCCUUAUGGCAAAUGGUCAGCUGGUUCGCAUGCUGCUGAUCACACAGGUCACUCGCUACUUGGAUUUCAAAGUGGUUGAAGGCAGUUUUGUGUACAAGGGGGGCAAAAUCUAUAAAGUCCCCUCCACUGAGACCGAGGCUCUGGCUUCUAGCCUUAUGGGGCUGUUUGAGAAACGACGCUUCAGAAAGUUUUUGUGCUAUAUUGCCAACUUUGAUGAGAACAACCCAAAGACCAUGGAAGGUGUUGAUCCUAAAACUACAAAAAUGAGGGACAUUUACCAGAAGUUCAGCCUGGGACAGGAAGUCAUAGACUUUACCGGCCAUUCUCUGGCACUCUACCGCACAGACGAUUACCUGGAUCAACCCUGCAUCCAUGCAAUAAAUAAGAUAAAGCUUUACAGUGAGUCUCUAGCCAGAUAUGGCAAAAGUCCGUACCUCUAUCCUCUGUAUGGACUGGGAGAACUGCCACAAGGCUUUGCCAGACUGAGUGCGAUCUUUGGUGGGACGUACAUGUUAAACAAGCCCAUAGAUGAGAUAGUGAUGGAGAAUGGGAAGGUGGUGGGCGUAAAGUCUGAGGGAGAGACUGCGAGGUGCAAACAGCUGAUCUGCGACCCAAGUUAUUUUAUGGAACGUGCAGAAAAAGUGGGCCAGGUGAUCAGAGCCAUCUGCAUCAUGAAUCAUCCCAUUGCCAACACUGGGGACGUGAACUCCUGCCAAAUCAUCAUCCCUCAGAACCAGGUCAACAGGAAGCAUGACAUCUACGUUUGCAUGAUCUCCUCUGCUCACAACGUGGCAGCAAAAGGUAAAUACGUUGCAAUCGCCAGCACCACAGUGGAGACGAAUGACCCCGAGAAAGAGAUCAAGCCAGCGCUGGACCUACUGGAGCCCAUUGAGCAGAAGUUUGUCAGCAUUAGCGACCAGUACAAACCUACCGACUCGGGCACUGAAAGCCAGGUUUUCAUUUCCCGCUCGUACGACGCCACGACUCACUUCGAGACCACCUGUGACGACAUCAAGGACAUCUACUGCAGGAUGACCGGCUCAGAGUUCGACUUCGCUGAGAUGGAGCGCAGAAAGCAGGACAUCUUCGGGGACACGGAUUAGACACAGCUGCAAUACUCAUAAUAAUUAAAGACCGUGGAAAUUAAUCAAAUAUCUUCCCACCUGUUGGCUGACCUGGUCCAAGUAUAGGUCUGCUCGUUGAAAUAGCUGAUAUUGUUGGUUAGGGUUUGGGAUUGGAUGAUGCUUCUUUUCUUUUCAGAUUGAAUAUUGCACUAAACCGUGUAUUAGAAAGUUAUAUCCUACAUUAACAUGACUCAUUGUAUUAAGAUGAUGCAUAGUCCAAAGAUGCCAAAUCCAGAGAUGAAGCAUUCUCAGUAAAAUCAAAGUUAGGGGGGACGGGGUAUUUUUGGGGUCAAUGUUCUGCAAGAUUAAAACAAACGUCAACAAAUGAGACCGUUGGGUUCUGCAGGAAGGUUUGUUUCAUGUCAGGUUGAGUGUUGUGGCUUGGCUUUGUCCAGUUUUUUUUUUUUUUUUAAUAAUGUGAGCACCGAACUUGUUCCUGGCAGCAAA